AUGACUCCUGAUAAUCCCAAACAAACGGUUGCGCUCGCCACACUCGCCAGCUUUGGGUUAGGCGGUAUCAUCACUCCGACUGCUUCCAUCGCUCUCCUCGUGGCACCGGAUGCGCUUGUCACCACAGCUACAGCCCUCUCUUUGUCUGUUCGCUUUGUGGGCGGAGCCAUCGGAUACUCUAUCUACUACAACGUCUUCGUUAGGAAAUUGACGGCUUUUCUUCCAGCAUACACUGCGACAUACGCCAUCAAUGCUGGUCUUGCUCCCGGAGCUGCUGAGACAUUCGUUGACGCCCUCCUAACUGCGCCUGCUCAGACCGCAACCGUGCCAGGCCUCACACCUCAAAUCUUGGCUGCUGCACCGAUAGGUGGCCGCUGGGCGUACGCUGAGGCUUUGCACUUCGUCUGGUACACGUCGAUUCCAUUCGGUGUCGUCGCCUGCAUUUGCCGCUGCUUCUUCACCAGCACUGCGAAAUAUCAGACGAAUCGUGUAGCCGUAGCGUUGUAG